AUGACUUUUGACCAAGGCCGAAAGACAGCCAGCGGCGCAGACUAUUCGUCUCAUCAGGAGGACUUUCGUCAGCCGUCUGCCUUUAGAGUUGGUCAAUCCGACUAUGACCACAAAGCGCAACAGCGAGCGAACUAUGCUCUUGCCCUUCAAAUGUCAUGUCGAGAUGUCGUCAAAACCAUCAAGGCAAGUGACCUGCUCAUGAGCAACGAAUGGGCAAAGCCACUCACGCACGCCCCCAACGCCAUCUCCAUUAUGGCCCUGUGUCUCAAAACAGCGGCUGUGCGCGAGGCUGCCAAUAUCAAGGUGAGGGACAAGGAGAUCACGGAUGAGACCGGAAAAAUCAUUGGUCUGCUCCCACUUGCUUUCCUUGAUGCGCAGAAGCGCAUGAACAACCUCCAAAGUGUCGCCCGCAGCAUGAUCGCGCCUGAGGGCACCAUCGCUUACAUCAUCGAUUUGCUCAGCGAUUUGGAGGACGCUGAGGACAAUCUCCCUGGCGCUAUGAAGCGACUGGAAACUAAUGCUGAGAACUUCAAAGCCGAUGCCGAAGCUAUCACCAAGAAGUUUGAGUACUGGGAGAGAGUGAUUAUGCAUCUUCUCAAGAACUCGCAAGAUGCGGGUUCGAUGGCUGAAGAGAAACGAACUCAAAACACAGUCGAUGCUGUCAAGGCAGAUGCAGAGAGACAAACGAGAGAGAGGGAGGAAGAAGAUGCCAAACAGGCAAUCCAAGAGCAGCAGAAGCUAUUACAAAUGGCCCGGAGAGAGGUUGAAGAAGCUCAACGAAGGUUGAAUGCUCUUCUUGAUCGGCCACUUAUUGAAGAACCAUCUGCAUGGUCCGAUAUGAUGCACGCGCGGGAGCUCGUUCCAGACCGACCAGCACCAAGUCGUGGGUGUAAUCGCCAAAGGAUGGGGUAUCUGUUUGGCUCCAGUGACAGCGAGGUUGCAGCAGAGAACAAGCACCGUAAGGACCAUGUUGAGAGUAUUGUGAAUGAAAGACAGGCCUAUAUCGCCAAGGCAGCAGAGCACCGUGAAAUGCAGAGACGGAUGGCGCAGGCCCAACUGGACGAAGCCAGAGGAAACGAGACGAGGCUCUGGGAAGAGUUGAACAAACAGGCCGAAAAGCUCUCGAUCAGCCAUCACAGCCUCACGAAAGCUAAACAUGAUCUAGCAAAAACCCAUGCCGAGCUUGAGCGUCUGUGCUCUGAGAAGAUUGAACUAGAGCAGAUUAUGAGGAUUCUUGAAGAGUCCAUGCGCCGCCUAACAGAGCUGAAGAAGGAAGUCGAGGAGAUGGCAUUAUUCUUCAGCCGAGUGCAAACCGUCAUCACGACAACCGUAAACGAGAACUUGCAGAGUUUCCUGAAUCCGAUUCAACGUGUGUUGGACAAGGGAGACAGCGUUGACAAGAUCCGGGAGAGAAGCAAGCAGAAUUUACUCAGGAACGCAUUUGAACUGCAGGGACGCUUCUCGGCUACUGCAGACGUGGCUAGCAUGUAUGUCCUUGUGUCCAAUAAAUACAUCCGGCCGGGGAUCAAUAAAAUGGAGGCGCUGGCGGCUAUGAAUGACGAUGACUUUGAGCGCGGAAAGGAGGAGUUCAGGGACUGGUGCGACAGUGCGGCGGAGGACAUUGUACGCAUCACUGACGGCGAGCAGUCCAAGAUGGCGGAGAAUCUGACAAGAAAUGUCGAAGUUCUUAGUCAGAGGGCUAUAACAAGCGCUUUAUAG